GUGUUUUUGUAAUCAGUUUCGUAGUUCUGUGAUGUCGUCAGCUCCCAUAACAAAACAUAAUGUUGGGGAAAAUGAUGAUGCUGCUGGGGCAAAAUAAGCAAUAGUAGAGUAUUUAGCUCUACUGACGCCUCGAAAUUUAUUCAUUUAUUUUUGCGAAUUUGAUUGUAGGUUGUAGGUUUGGCAUAUCGGUCAACUCAAUCAACUGGAACGUUGCAAAAUAUAGUUCUGUUUUUCGGCGAACUAUAAUUCAAGGUGAACCCCUUAGGUUGAAGGUUCUCAAGCUUCAGACUACACUGAAAUGACAUCUGUGCCAGUAAACUGAUUAGAAGAAACAUGGUUCUAAAGCGUCUUUUGUUCAGCUUGCUUAAUAACGCGCAAGUGAUCGAGAAACUUUCGGAGUCUCGCCCGAUCAGACGAGCGGCACAAAUCACAGCUUUCGCCCUAAUCAAGGCACGAAUCGCUGGCAAGGAUGCAACGACCAGACUACUGAAGUCGGACACCGUUCGCCAAAUUCGCCAGGAAACUUCCGGGGUGUCAAAGGACAUUGGAGAGAUGGGAAGGAAAGCCGAAAGAGUUCGGCAGACAUUUGUUAAAGAGGUUAAAGAAGGUGUGAGAGACGCUUCGCGACAGAUAAAAAACAAGGACAAAUGAAACCAUCCAGUUUAGUUGUGUGAAUUAUGAAACCACCAAGAGUUCUAUGAAAUCUCACACUAGGCCUAUUCAGAGUUGAUCGCCAUACGUUUGCUGAUUAAUCUGCCACCAUGUGAUGUCUACAACGUAGUGUUGUUUUUGUAAUUGACAGCGAAAUGAAAUGGAAUCUAAUACUUCAAAAUUCAAUGUAUUGACUCCACCAAGAAUGGCCCUUUCUGUUUGAAUGUAAGAAUAAAUGUAUCUGUCGACGCA